AUGCAUCUAAACCAGAUAGGUUUUACGUUGGGUACGCAUUACUACCUACAACAAGUUGCAAGAUAUAUCAAUGUUUUUCUCGUCUCUAAUAGUCACGAAGCUCAGUCACAGCGAGACGCUCUGGCCCUCAAAUAUCCUAUGGAACAUGGGCUAAUUACGGACUGGAAUGCGAUGGAGAAGAUAUGGAAUCACAUCUUUGAUAACGAGAUGAAAAUUAUUUCUCAAAAUCACCCUAUGGUCCUCACAGAAACUGUAUUCAAUCCGAAGGCACACCGAGAGAAAAUGACGCAAAUAAUGUUCGAGACCUUCGGCACUCCUGCGUUCUACGUUGGCAUGCGGUCUAUCUUUUCCCUAUACGCAGCCGGACGCACCACCGGCCUCAUCGUUAACUCUGGUGAAGAAAUGACGUUCACUGCUCCAGUAUACGAGGGAUUUCUCCUCCCACGCGCGACUUUGGAAUUACCUCUCGCUGGUGCGGACGUGACGCUUUAUAUCGUUCGGAAGCUGAAAGAGCGAGAAUGCUCAUUUACGGCGGUUGCGUCACCUGAGCUAAUCCGCGCUACUGCUUGCUGUAUCAAAGAAGAGCUCUGUUAUGUAGCUUGCAGAUUUGACGAAGAGAUGCAAGCAGCUUCGCAGUCCUCAUCUCUCGCAAAGGAUUACGAACUACCAGACAAACAGAGAAUCACGCUGGGUUCCGAGCGAUUUUGCGCUUCGGAGGUGCUGUUCCAACCACGAGUCUUGGGUCCAAACGGACUAGGCAUACACGAAGCAGUGAAGCACUCCAUUUCCACUUGUGACCCGGACAUUCGUCGAGAUCUAUAUAGCAGCAUCUUGCUGACCGGAGGUACUACCAUGCUGCCCGGUUUCGCUGAUCGCUUGCAAAUCGAAACAUCACGUUUGGCUCCGUCACAUGUGCAAGUGAUUGCCCCUCCACAUCGCCAGCACUCUGCAUGGAUUGGGGGAUCUGUUCUGGCCUCGUUAGAUGUCUUCCAAGAUAUUGCAAUCUCGGCGAAAGAGUAUGACGAGUAUGGUCCCGGGAUUGUUCAUCGAAGUAAGUCUCUUCUGCGUCCUCAGCCUGUCAAAGCUUUGAACACAAUCAUAGAGUGUUUGUGA